AUGAGUGCUAUUGAUAGCGAUCCAGCACAAGUAUUAAUUACUGAUUUACUUCCUGAAAAUGAAGAUUUCAAUGCCUUUAAAGAAGAAAAAGACAUAAUUGGUUACAGACAUAUUUUAACAAAAUAUUCAUGGUUUAUUGUUGUUGCUAUAGUUUCAGCUUUACUUAUUUUCAUAACUCCCUUCAACAAGGUGGAAAAAUUUCCAAGCACUUCAAUAAAUUUUGAUAAAAAAUAUGAUCCAGCUUUCUUUGUACAUAUGACUGAUAUACAUGUGAGUCAUAUAAAAGAUGCUAAUAAUCAGAAUUUCAUUCAGGCUUUAGAUUUUACAAAUAAUAUAUCUCCUAAUAUUUUAUUGAGUUGUGGCGAUAAUGUUGAUGAUUUCCAAUAUGUAACACCAAAGAUCAAGAUUGCAGAUCAAAUAGAUGAAGAGUUCAAUCAAUACGAUGCAAUUAUUAAAAAAAUUUUGAGAAAUGGUACAAAAAUCGUUGAUGCAGCUGGAAACCAUGACUUUUUCGAUGUGUAUUCCUUAGAAUCAGAAGAAAACAACUAG